UAUUUAUUUAUGAGCAUAUAGUACAAAAUAUAUUUUUUAUAAAAUCCAUAUGUGAAGUCCUCCAUCCAACUGUCAAUCUGUCAUACAUUGAUAAGAAAUUCAUUAAUUAUAGGAAGAAUUUCUGUAUCCCUUUGAAUCCCACCAGGUAUGACAACAAAACCCGAACCACGGGUAAAAUCCAUGUUAACGGGGUUUGGGCCGGAUUUGGGUUUAAACCCGUACACUAUUCACUGGGUUGAGUUUGAGUUUAGGUAAACCCGACCCAUGGGUACCCGCCCACACCCAUAUAAUUAAUUUUCUCUGUAUAUAUAAUAUCCUAAACAACUAGUCUUAUUUAUGUUUGUGGAGAUAUGUCUAUUUUUUUUUAAUUGUGUAGAAUGAAGUUGAUGUUAUCGAGUGGAGAGUGAAGAAACUUAAUUGAAAGGAAGAAGAUUUUAAUUAAUCAUGUUAUUUAUGGAUAAUUUGUGAUUUGCUUCAAUUUUCUUGAGUUUUCUAGAUUGGUGUUGAACAAUUUGUAUAGUUAAUUUGUGAUUUGCUUGAAUUUUCUAGAAUGGUGUUUUAUAUAAUGAUAAUUUAUAUUGAGAUAUUGAUAUUUGACUUUAAUUUUGAAAGGAACUUGUUAUUGUAAAUUUUUUUAUGACAAAAACCCGAAUGGGUACCCAGCGGGUUGGGUUGGGUUUGAGUUUUUCUAACCCAGUGGGUUUUACCCUAGGUUUUUUUCACGGAUAAACCCAUGGAUUUGGGUUUGGAAAAACUCAACCCAUUGUCAUCCCUACCCCAUGGAUUCUAGAGAGAGGAGCCUUUUUAUACUAGUUAAAAUCAGUGUUCGUAUCUCAUUUUUUUUUUUGAUGGUUAAAUCAAAAUUGCAUUAAACCCCGGCACCAAUAGCAAAUCGCUAUGGAGCCCUCACAAACUGACAGUCCCUGUACAUCAAACCCAAAUGGUAAUCACAAAAUCAAAAGAUAGCUACCUAUCUACCCCAAGCCCCCUUUCUACAAAACAGUCAAUCAAAUUUUGGUUCAAAAGGCAUCUCCCUCGAAUGAAUCUUCGAGCAACACUCUGCAGCUGCAAAGGACUCCUCGCCGCAGCAGAACCAUACAUCCUUGCACACCUCUCCCUCCACACAAGGCUAAUCAAAACACUCCAACACAUUCUGUUAAGGAAGUUCACAGUGGUAUUAGCACUCCACUGUUGCACACACCAAUUCAACAUGGAACCCCAACUAUCAAGCACAGGAGGCAAGGCUACCCCCAGCACACGCAUAUAUAAGUAUUGUAUAUAAGAGCAGUGAACAAACAGAUGGUCCCGAGUCUCCACACCUCCAGGACACAUCAGACAGCACCCAGAUAAUGGUUUUCCCCAUGCGAUAAGUUUGUCCUGAAGCUUUAGUUUAUCAUUUAUCACCAACCACGCAAUGAAUCCAUGUCGAGGUAUAACAUACUUAUCCCAAACCAAAUGGAACCAAUUAACCUCAUUCUCUUUCUGCCUUAAUGACUCCCACACCCUCGAAACAGAGUAGGGGCACAUAGCCAAGCCAUCCCACUGCAGCUCAGAAUUUACCACAGAGAUAUGAGGCCUCACCAGUUGUCUACACUUUAAUAGCCUCUUCCAUAUCCAAUUCCCUGCUGCACUCUCCUUCAAAUCCCAUAUCUCAUUUUUUUCAUAAAUAUAUAAAUUAAUAUUCUUUUUGCUAUAAUUUGAACACAAAAUAAUAGUCAUUUAAAACAUGUAAUUUCGAUAUUAUCAAAGUGAUAAUAUCGUUAUAUCACAGUGAUAUUAUAAAAUAUCUCAUUCUGAAUGACUAUUCGUCGCCCUAAAAUUUAAAUUUUAUCACCCUAAACUUUACCGGAUGAUACACUCACCUCUGCGGCCGCCUCUUCCAAUCGCCCCUCCAUCCAUCACAACCCGGUACCCCCACCCAAUCCCCCACCCGAAUUCACAGCUUCCAUGUGGAUUGAUUUCCUACAGCUUGUUCCUUGGUUCUGUUCUUGUUGUGUUUUUUUUAUUUGAAUGAUGAACUUUAUUACAAAGAGGAAACAAGAAAAUACAACUAAAAAAAAGAACACCUUUACAAAAAGAAGAAAAUUUUGAGAAGAAAAAGAACUUUUUUUUGGCAAAACAAUACCAAAACUCAAAGAGAAAAAAACAAGAAUCAGAAUGGAAACUUCAAGACUGGAGACAGAUAACUAACACUAACAGAAAGAGAAACAAAAACAAAGUGAAUUCCCUUGAACCUCAAGGCCCCAAAAACCACCUACACAUUGAGGCAAAACCAAGAAACAAAUCAAAACAAAGAAACAACUAUCAACCAUCCCCAAUCCUUACCCAUUGUUGUAAGUGGGCUUCUGAAAGAAUUUUAAAUGCUCGAAGCAAGUCGUUUGCUUUAUGCUCUUUCCUUGCUACAAAGACAGUGGCAUAACGCUUGAAGAUUUCAAGCUCAUUAAGAUGCAUAUGGCCAAUUGUACGAUUAUUAAGCUGUGUACAACUUUCUCAAAAAACAAAAAAAAACUCUCCUUUUGCUACCUCCUAAGAAAUUUGUGCGCUUUUUCUGAAUUCAAGGCUGUUUGUUAGGCCGGACUUGGGUUUAAGUGUUCGGAAGACAAAUAAAUGAAUUAAGGAUAUUAGAAUAAAUUUAAUAUAUUUAGGGCAACGAAUAACAAUUCUCAUUCUUGUUUUAACUAAGAUUUAAAACUUUUACAUAAAAGAACAUCAUAUUAAUUAUGAGUUACAUAAUGACAUCUAUAUUACUAUAUAUUGAUAAACGAAAUAAAUUAUCCUUUCAAAUACAUGUUUACUAUAAUCUUAUCACUAUCGUAUCAUAAUCUUACCACUACGGUCCUACUCACAGUAUCAUUAUAUCAUGAUAUUAUCACUUUAUUAUAAUGUCUUGAUAUGAUCACACACAGUGAUAUUGUGACAUCAAUUCCAGCAGAGGUCUCAUCCUCCCCGGACGGGAAGAGUGAGGCGGAAUCGGUGCAGGCAAAGAAAAAGGUCCGGCCACUGAACCUGGAAAAAAUGCUGCUGUAGAGAUGGAAACUGACAAACAGACAACUCCGAACCCUCGUUUGGGGGGAGAAGGUAAAGGGAAGCUAUUCAGUGAUAUGGUGAAACAAGAUAACUGGUAUAUAGCUGAUUCGGAUUCUGAGGACGUCGCCUUGGCUGAGAAAGAAGAAGAUGACGUGGAUGAGGAAGACUAGGUCGUAAGGUCUCAUUCAUUCCCCUCUCUCGGAGGUUGAAUUACCUCUGGGCUCGGAAUGGCGAGCUGCAGAUUUCAGAUAUGGAAAAGGGGUGCUUCUUGGUACGAUUUAGAAGCAAGAAGGAUUAUGAUGCCGUGAUCAUGGGCGGCCCUUGGCUUCUUGGUGAGACAUAUCUCACAGUCCAUAGAUGGUAUAAGGGUUUCAACCCGUGGAAAGCAGAAGUAUCUUCAACAAUGAUAUGGGUGCAACUACCUGAACUUCCAAUAGAAUUUAUUAACAAGCAGGCAGUGCUACGGAUUGCGGAAGAGAUAGGGAACCACAUCCGUGUUGACCUUGCAACCGAGUUGGGUGCGAGGGGAAAGUUUGCAAGAGUAUGUGUGGAGGUGGAUCUGACCCAGCCAUUGCUCCCGCAAUACAAAAUUGAGGGAGUCACUUACUUGAUCCAAUAUGAGGGCCUUGAUAAUAUUUGCACAAAUUGCGGCUCUUACGGGAGAUCAACUCGUCUUUGUAGCUGCACAAACUCGGUUUAGGAGAUGGAAGCAGAGUCAACUGAAGGGCAAUGUCAACAUGCUGCAGGGAGUCGGCCAAAGAAAGAUCCAACAAAUGGGCAAAUAUAUGGCGAAUGGAUGAUGGUCAGGAAAAAAGGCUGGCGACAGAAUAGAUAUGACAAUGUGGGGAAGCCAUUGGGAUGAGAGAAGGCACCAAACAACCACUUUGAAGUUUUAUCGGAGGAAGAGUCAAAAGAGGAAGCAAGCAUGGAGCAAGGUGAGGAAGUGGAAAAGCCCAUACAAAGCCAUGCACGUGAAAAUAAAGCUAAAAAAACGGGAGGGUAAAGGAGGUGUCGGGAGAGAUAGUAGAGAAUAUGAGAGGGAAGGGCAACAUGGGAUCAAUGGAAAGGGAACAACAAGAGGUGGGUGGGACAAAUAAGAAGGUGGAGGGAAAGGAAAAUCCUCCCAAAACCCAUGACCCUGGCGCUUACGUGAGUGCAUCGAUGCACAAACGGCAGGCGGGAGUGCAAAGCUCUCAAGCUGAGCAUGAGAAACAAAAAGGUGGGGAGUUGAAGGGUGGCACACAAGUUAACAAGCAGGGAAAACAAAAGUUGAAAAGGAAACCUGGAGCUGAGGGUGCGGGGAACCGAUCCCCUUCAGGCAAUAAAUGAGAAUCAUAAGUUACAACUGCUGCGGGUUGUGGAAGUCGCGUGCAGUUGGAGCCCUACAAUUGCUUCUUUGGCGAUUGUCUCCUCAGUUGGUUUUCUUGAUGGAAACCAAGCAAACGGAAGCAGAAAAUGGAAAAAACAGGAUCGAGCUAGGGUACGAGGAGGGCGAGAGUUUCUCAACGGAUAGAUCCCGCAGGGGUCGAGCUGGGGGCGUUACUCUGUGGUGGAGGGAAGGACUGGAUGUGACCGUGAUGUCUCUCUCCCAAAAUCACAUUGAUGCCAAGAUAGUGUCGGAAACAGGAGAACGGUGGGGUUUUCAGGAAUAUACGGCUGGCCGGAAGACCAAGAUCAAUGGCGAACAUGGGAUUUAAUAGACCGGCUUGCAAACCAAUGGUCCGGCUCUUGGGUUUGUGGCGGGGAUUUUAACAAAGUAUUAACGUCUUUGGAGAAUUCUGGUGGUCGGCCAGGAUCUGAGAGAGAAAUGAUGGCUUUUCAUACGUGCAUUAUGGGAGCUGAGUUAUUUGAUCUGGGGUUUCACGACUAUCAGUUCACCUGGGAGAAUCGUCGAGCUAGUGACAAAUACAUUGAGGAAAGGAUUGAUAGAUUUGUCUCAAAUGAUGGGUGGAAGGCUAUUUUCCCAAAAGCUCGGAUGCGUCACCUUGAUAAGGAGAGAUCUGACCAUAGGCCUAUUCUAUGUGAUACGAACGGGGAGGAGGAUGAGGAGCUGAAGUGGGGAUGGUCUUUUAAGUUUGACCCUCACUGGGCACGACAUGGAGAAUGCCCAAAAGUGAUUGAGGAGACAUGGAAGCAAGAACCAGAGGCGGAUACACUAACAAAAUUGCUAUUUUGCAGGUAAAAACUUGAGAAAUGGAGCCGAACAGCCUUCCCAAACUUUCGAAUCCAUAGAGAGCGCACCAAGAGAGCUCGGAAGACGCUCGAACAUUCCCGGCGCUCCCCUGUGGUAGAGACACAACUCAAACUAUUGGACAAGGAAGAGGAGGAGCUUGAUCACUAUGAAGAGUUGUACUGGAAGCAACGCUCAAGGGCUGAUUGGCUAAAAGGAGGAAAUUGUAACACUAACUUUUUCCACAGGAAAGCUUCAGCGAGACGAAGGCAAAACAAAAUCAAACAAUUGAAAAAUGAGAAUGGGUGCGAGGGCACGAGCAAUUGUUCAAUUGCUUAACCUCCUACUUUCGUGUUUUGUUUACCGUAGGGGAAGUGCCGAAUGAAACUCAGGUUUUGGA